UGUAGCAGCAGAACCACUGCAGCACAUACACUGCACUGCCUAAUCUCCCAGAGACUGAGAGAGAGAGAGAGAGAGAGAGAGAGACUCUACAACUAGUUCAACGUAGAAGAAAACACAGAAAAGCACAAACCAGGACUUUUGGAAGAGUUUUAUGUAAAGCACACAGAAGAAACACCUCCUAAGUGGAUUACAUUUACCUUUUUGCUUUUUUGUGGUCAUGUCUUCUAGACUGAGGGAAAUUUUUGAAGCACAGACUUUCUGAUUGGUGACAGAUCUGUAGAAUAUGUGUUACUCUUUAAUAAUGUCCGGAGGACACCUGCUGGAGCUACUUUGGAUGAUGUCUUUCUGGCAAGGUGUGUGUGUGAAGGGCAACAACCUUUGGGAAGUGCCCACUGGCCACUUUCCCCCACCUGCCAAUAUGAGUUCCAGGCUACUUUGGGAGCCACAGUGUCAGACUCAUCUCCGCCACCUGCAGUACAGGGCCAGAGUCACAGCCACAAUCCCUCCACGGCUGGAUGGUCACUGGGUCUCAUCCAGGUGUGAGGUGAGGCCUGGCCCAGAGUUCCUCACUCGUUCUUACACCUUUUAUCCGAACCCUACACGGCUUUUCAAAGCUCUCCAGCACUACUACUCAGACAGUGACUGCCAGGUGCCAGCCUACUCUCUACUCAUCCAGGGUAAACUGAAAUUGCGCCAGGCUUCUUGGGUCACACGUGGAGCUACCGAGGCAGAACAUACCCUCCAUAAGGUUGCUUUGGUGAUUCACAACCAGCAGAGCGUCCAUCACCUUGCUGUCCAUCUGCCCUUAUACUGCCUGGGCCUUGGGCCUGGAGUUCCCCUGGUUCCUCAUCGCCUGUAUGAGCUCUUUAGUGCCAAGGCUGAAAAAGACUGCCUGGGUGCUCUGCAUUUUUCCAUGAUGGAGCUGGAGUUACUGAGAAUGGAGACUCAGUUUCAUCCUCGUGGCCGUCCAUCCAAGGAGCUCUUCCUUGGAGAUGUGCAUACAGACUGGAACCAGAGGGCCCAUUACAGACCAACAGGGUAUCAGGAGCCUCUACAGAACACCAUGCAUCAUAUUCACCCGUGUCCAGUGUGCGCCUUGGUCUAUCGCUCCUCUGAACAACACCCUCCCAUAUUACCUCCUUCCUGGUCCAUUCCUAUGAAUGUAGAUGGCCGCUGGGUGAGCCAGCGUUGCGAAGCCCGUCCAGCUGUGCUCUUUCUCACACGACUUUUCAUCUUCAGUGAGGAGCAACGCAGUUGGGAAGGCACCUACCAUCACUACUCUGACCCCAUGUGUCGCCAUCGGACUUUUACACUUGUGGCAUCGGGGCACUAUGCCCACAUGGAGCCUUCUGUUAAAAUAAGAGGAGCCACUAAGUUGGUCUUCAAAGUGACUCAUGCCAAGGUGACGGUGUUUGAGCAAACAUUAGUGCGAGUGUUAAAUUCCUCAGAGCAGGGAAGUUGUGGGCUUGCGGGUGGAUGGGAACUGGGGGUGGAACAGGAUAUAACAUGGACAGCAGGCUGCAGUGUGCUGGGGAUUUUACUUCCGCACAAAGAGUAUGAGCUAUUUAAAAUGGAGAAGGAUCAAAAAGGCCAACCCUUGUUGUUCAUCGGAGAAAGACCUUCAGAUGGAAGCAGUCCUGAUCGACCGGUGAAAAGGCCCACAUCCUUUCAGACUCCUAUGGUUCAGUGCAGUGCAGAAGCACAAGUGCCACAGCGCUACAGUCCCCACAGCAAGAGAACAAGGGGGGUCAGCUCUGCAAAUGCACCUUAUUCAGUCUUUGUUGUUUCGUUGAUGUCUCUACUGAAUCUAUGGUUCUGGUAUAUGCUAGUCUAAAACUAAGCAAUUCAGUUUUGGGGUGAAAGCAAUGGAAUCGUCUAAAAAAGGCAUGUCCAGAGUUUGCUUCUUUAGUUUUACAUGCCUAAAUAAUCACACAGACUUACUGAUGUGGUUUUGUGUUACUGCAUGACAUACUGUUACAUAUAAGUUUAGACUUAAUUCAGGCUUCAGGAUUGCUGCUACUACUGUUUUUAGCUGUAUGUUGUAAACUUUUUGCAUGGUACUAAUGGGUAGGGCUAACAUUACCUGUUAGCUGCAUUAGCCUUGUCUUUCUAGAGCAAAACCAAAGAGGCAAACCUUAGACACCAAACUUAUCUUUGCUGAUAAGGGUGUGAAAUUUUGUAAAUCAAAUUUUUGCCUGACCCAUCACUUUAAAAUGUGGGGGCUUACAUUAAACCUUCUCAUGUACUGUGUAAAAACAAGCCCACUUGAUGGGCAUAGCUCAGUAUGCUGGAUCUAACGGUGUUAAUUAGGUGCUAUAACACUGUAUCUAGAAUACUAACAACCAUUUAAAACUCUCUAAAUAUGGUGCUAUUUUUGUAAAGGGAGGAAGUGGGUUUCGUGAUGAAAGCAAAACGUACAUAGAAAUCUUUUUCAGUUAUGUAUUGUUCUAUUUCUGAACAUGUCUAUUAUGUAAAAUGCUGUUCUGUAAGGUUGUUUGAAUGUAACAUAGAGGAAUAGUGAUGUAUAUUUUCUUAUAUCAAUACAGAACUGGCUGCCUAAACGAAUGUCAGCAUUCCAGAAAUGAAUGCACAGUGAAGUCAAGCAAAUCCAAAGGGAAAUGGCAUCCAAACAGCUGACUAGAAAAAGACCAAUGAGUUUUCCGUACAUGGUCUGGGGAAGCGUCCGGUUGGUUUUGGCAUCUAGACAUCUCAGUUAUUGACCUUGUAUGUCUUGAUUAUGUUGGCAAAGAAUAGUGGACUACAUCCAGCAUAUCCAGGAACACCCCUAAGAAUUACUCUGUAUUCUUUCUGUUCUGCUGUCUAUAAGGCAAAGCAGUUGUUCCUGUCUAAUGUUUAAUUAGUCUAAUACAAUGUCAAUCAUCUAAUAGUGAAGAAUAUACUUUUUCAUAUUUAUUACUACUCAAACUAAUUGGAUAGGGAAAAAAUUAAACAAAGUGUUGUAGUUACUAGAAAUAUUAGUUCCAUCAAGAAGAAUAUUGGUUACAUACAUAGAACAGAGAUAACAGUCACUAACCCAUACUUAUCCAUAGUCUAGCUACACACUGAAAUCAGUUUGGGGAGAUUCAGUACGAAGCGUAUUUAAGCACACACCUACAGCUUGCAGUGACCCAUAUUUGAUCAGGACAGAAAUUUUAUUACUGCAUGUACUUUUGCUUUUCAAAACUAAACUUGCUGCAUUUUAGCAUUGUGCACAGCGGUCACAUCAGUGGCACAGGCAAACUUAAUUUUGAGUGGGUGGGCUCAACUUUGUAGAUACAGUUUCCAAAAGCAAUAAUAUCCUGCAACAUUUGACCAGUGGCAUUCAAACUUUUGCAUAAAACUCUAUAAUAGAAAACCUUUACUUCUCUCACAGUUUACAGCUGUACCAUGCAUUAAGUAGGCCCCUAAAACAAUGGUCUAUUCACAUUGCUGAAGGCAUGUGUAAGACAUUUGAAAAGAAACUGUCAUAUGGUGUGCACAUUAGUUCUCUACUGCUAUGCGAUGCCAAUAAGCGCAAAUGAUCAGUACUCUGUAUAUGGCUUGGUCCUUGCUGUUUAUUUAGAAGAGCAGGAACUAUUCCAAAUGUUAGGUUUUGGUUCAUCAGAGCAUGCAUCUUUUUUGUGAAAGUGGUGAGAUUUCAUGCUCAAAACCAAAACUUUUAAGUUGGAAACAGAAGCAUACUUUUCCAAGAACACUAAUGAAAUCCAUCAAAUAUGCACACGUGUAAGCCAUUCAGGUAACAUACCAAUACCGUUAAUGAAGCUUAUUGGGUUAUUGAAUAUUGGCUGAUAUCGAUCAAAUAUAUUUUCUUUAAAAAUGACUUAGCUUUAAAAUAAGCUGUUUUUAAUUAAAGCACUUCUCUUAAGAUGAGCAUCUAAAAGUAGGCCAUCAUGCUUAAACUACUCAACACCUGACAGGAAGAAUGCACAGCUAACUUUACAUCACACAAUGUGAGCAUGCUAUUUCAGGAUACAUCCAGUCUAGAAUUUUCUGUUGAUAAUGGCCUGAUGCUAAAGCCUGGUGACAUCU